CAGCAGCAGCGUUAUUCAAACAACCUGCUGUAGGGCUCUGCUGCUCUGCUGCUCUGCUGCUCCCGACGCUCUGUCUCUUUGCUGGGUGCGUGUUUCUGUUCAGCACACCGAUGAGAGCAGCAGCAGCCGGGCAUCGUCAUGGAGAUUGCAGAGGACAGAGCGCCGAACGCAGGGGCGGAGAUCACAGCGCUCUUGAGAAGGAAUGUCAUUGAGCGUCGGAGAACGAAGAGCACCACCUUCUGCGAGCUUUGCAGUCCUGUGCUUCUCCUGUGCGUUCUAGUCUACGGCUACUAUUUAUCGGAUGUGCUAGUUUUCCCAGAGAAGGUGUAUUCUUCUGUUCGGCUAGACCUUCCUGGAGGCUUCGGCAGGCUGCUGCCAUUGGCCCGCCUCUACAGCCAGAACCUAGCGAAUACUAGCCUGCCAGCUGUCGGGCCUUCGAGCGCAACCGUCGGCGGUGGGGCAGCCCCCAAUUCUACCGUCGAUGCCGACGAAGGCAUGGGCGGCUUGGACGGUAGCGGCGACGCGGACGGGCUGGCGUUUGGGGACGUGAGAGACAUCUUCAAGGAGAUGACCGGCCUGUUAGACGGUCCUUGUCCGGUGCCGGACCUUGAUCAGUUUGUCGGGCUUGGGACGGCCGUAGUCCGAGAUCUAGCUGAUAAUGCCUACGCCUCGGUGGUCAAUAGCAUGGAGUCCGGGUGGGUGUUUGGUAACUUGAUCACCCAAGGGACUCUGCACUUCGCUCCUGCGCGAGAGCCGGCUGUGGGCGAACUGGUGUCUUGGCUGUCAAACACGUCCACUGGGUUCGGCCGUUUGACUCAUCGCGUCCACGAAUCAGAGGAUGAUGCCGUCGCCUACGCCUUGGAUCACCUCGAGGAGAGGACGUGGGCGGUCAUCUCGCUCGACGAGGUGGCCGACGGGAGGGUCGAUUAUACCAUCCGCGUCAACUUCACAACGGUCCCCAACACCAACACCGUCGUCGACAUGAUCGCGAUCGGGUUGGAUCCGAGCUUUCGGUCGUACUACCUGAGCGGGUUUCUCACGCUACAGGCAACGCUCGACCGAUUCAUGUUCGACCGCGCGUUGCCGGCCGCAUCAUCACCCUCCGGGGAAAAACAAUCCGAGGAAGGGUCCGAGGAACCAUCCGGCGGUUUCGCGUGCGUCCCGCCCGACGUCGUUGGGGUGCCCUUUCCCACGGCAGCGUACGACCAGAACUUGUUCUACGCCGCCGUUGGUUAUCUCUUGGGACUCGCCAUGACCAUGAGCACGAUGUAUCCGCUGUCUCGGCUGGUGAAGGGAAUCGUGGAGGAGAAGGAGAGCAGGGUGCGUGAGACGAUGCGCAUCAUGGGCCUCCGGGUGUGGUGCCACGAGCUGUCCUGGCUCAUCACUGGAGCCGCGGUGUUCGCCUUCAUCGCUGUCACGGUGGCCGCGCUGCUGUCGUGGACCUUCCUACCCCUGGCGGACGGGACUCUUGUGCUGGUCUACAUGGCCUCCUUCACGCUCAGCGAGGUCGGCAUGGCGCUCUUGGUGUCGUCUGUGUUUUCGAAGGCGAAGCUAGCGUCGAUUGCGGCACCGUGCGUGUUGUUCGCCGGCGUCCUCCCGAGGUACAUCUUCUACGGGUCCAACAGACACGAGGCCCCACGAUCGAAGACGGUCGCAUCUUUACUGUCCCCGGCGGCCUUCACCUUCGGCGCGGACUUCAUCGCGGACUACGAGUACGCGGGCAUCGGGGCCGGGUGGGGGAACUACGACGAGGGCGACUACUCUCUCCGCACCUCCAUCGCCAUGAUGUUAUUCGACGCGGUGCUGUACGGCCUCCUCGCAUGGUACCUGGACAAGGUGGUAACCCCGGAGUUCGGUACUUCUCGCGACCCGCUCGAGGCCCUCACGUCCGUCCCACGAGCCGCCUUCCGGUGGGUUUCGCGGUACGGUUUCCCGGCGCGUUUUGCUUCCCGCGGGUGGGCCCCCGUCCCACAGACCGACCGGGAUAACGGGAACGACGCUCCAUCGCCGGAGGAGGGGCGGCCGCGGGGAGGGGGGGUGGAAGUGGACGGGGGCGCCGCCGAUUUCGAGCCACUGGGGGGUGAAGCAGAGGGGGGAAGGGAGGGCGUCGUAAUCAAGCGGUUGAGGAAAGAGUUCGGCGGUAAGGUGGCGGUUGCGGGGCUGGACCUGCGGUUGCGGGUGGGAGACAUCACGUGCCUUCUCGGGCACAACGGGGCCGGAAAAUCGACGACAAUCUCGAUGCUCACAGGGCAACUGGGGGCCACCAGCGGAGAUGCCCUCGUGUGGGGGCUUAGCGUGAGGGACAACUUGCACAAGGUUCGGCAGAGCAUCGGCAUCUGUCCCCAGCACGACGCCCUCAUGCCGCUGCUGACCGCGCGGGAACACAUGGAGAUGUACAUGGACAUCAAGGGCAUCAGGCCAGACCUCAAGGGGCCCCUGGUAACGAAGAAGCUCCGGGAGGUGGGCCUGCUGGAGAAGGAGCACACCCCGUCCAUGAACCUUUCGGGGGGGCAGAAGCGGAAGCUCAGUGUCGCGCUGGCCCUGACGGGCUCCCCCGCUCUCUGCAUCUUGGACGAGCCUACCUCUGGGAUGGACCCGUACUCCAGGCGCUUCACGUGGGACCUGCUGCGGAGAGGGCGGGCGGGUAGGUGCACCUUGCUCUCGACCCACUUCAUGGAGGAGGCCGAUCACCUCGGGGACAGGGUGGCGAUUCUGCGAAAGGGGGAGCUUAGAUGCGCUGGGAGCCCUCUGUUCCUCAAGAGCCGGUUCGGUCUGGGCUACAAGCUGACCCUCGUCAAGGCCGAGGAAUCGUUCGAGCCCAACAGCCUGACUAGUCUGGUUCUUUCGCAUGUCGAAGAUGCCGAGAUGCUCUCCGCCGCGGGCGGCGAGAUUUCUUUCAGGUUGCCCCGAGGAAAGUCUCAGAAAUUUCCCGGUCUGUUCCGAGCCCUGGAGGCCGGGAGGGAAGCGAUGGGAGUCGGGGGUUACGGCGUUUCGAUCACCAGCCUGGAAGAGGUCUUUCUCAGUCUUGAGAGAGAGGGUAAGAUGACCGACGCUCACCAUCCCGCCCAGGGCAACGGUGGGCGACAACAACACGCCGCCGGCGACGGUUUCAGGCUCGGGGAAGGGGUCGCCGGGACAGCAGGCGGCGGAGUACCUGGCAAAGGCCGCGGCAGAGGGCGAAGCCUUCGGCACCGGCGAGGCUUCGGGCGAGACUCGAACGCUGCCGGCGGUGGCGACAAAGGGUGGGCAAGCGCGGCACCGGGACAGGUGUGCGAGGUCGAGAUGCAGAGCAUGGCACCGGCGGCGGCGGUGGAGGCCGAGCAGAUGCCGCCGGCUGGGAAGCACCACGGCAACGGGGGCAAUAACCACCACGACGACCGAGCGAGCAAGAGAGGCGCCCCUGGCUACACAGCCUUCUCCCGCGACGAGGAGGAGCUUGCCUCCAUCCUGGCGGAGGCCGAAGGGGACGACGUCGGCCCCGGGGGCGACGCAGAAUCGCCCUCGGGCGCGACGCGCGGCGGCGGGGCGGCACAGGCAGCCGAGGCGACCAGCUCGUCUGCUGGUAGAAGGGAGGGGGGCGCAGCGACCCACAGUGAGGGCAGGGGUAAAGGGGCCGCCGCGGGGGCGGGCCUGAGGGAGCAGCUGCGCUGGCUGCUGUGGAAGAGGAGGGUGGUGGCCCAGCGGGACUGGCGAGGGGGUCUGUAUCAGAUCGUCCUGCCCGCCGUGAUGGUUGCCCUCGUCCUGGUUCUGCUCACCAUCGACGUCAAGCUGGCUGGGCCGUCGCUCGCCAUGUCCGCUGGGAUGUUCGGGAGUCCUACCCAGGUGCUGUACACCGAAGGCGACGGCGAAGGGCUUCCCGAAGGGAAUACGUUCGCCAACGUCGCCAGGGAGACAGAGGCUUGGACGCGAGUAGACGAAGGGGCGGGUCUCACCGCCCCUACCAGCUCCGGCCUCUCGCGCUUCAUGCUCGACACCUACAACACCGGCGGGAUGAUCACCACGUCCUCGGACGAUGGGGACGACGUCGAUGUGUCCGUCGAAACUGACACCUCCGAUGAAGCAGCAGCAACAACGCCGUUGGACGGCGGCGGCGGCGGCCGCCCCCCCCGCUACGGCGCCUUCGUUUUCGGAGACCGCAUCCCCGUUAACUUGACGGUAGACUGGGACAGCUUUCGGGAGAACCCGGAGAUGCUGGCGUCGGCGCUGGAGAUCGUGGGCGAUGACGUCAUUCCGGCGGAGGGCGGGGAGUUCGAUCUCCAGGCCGUGGAAGACCUCCUUCCAGGAGGCGGAGGCACCAACAGCAGCAAAGCUCUCGAGGACGCGCUGGCGUGGGCCAGGGGCAGAAACUGGACCAACGAGUGGGGUGUCCUGGUGGACGAGGACCCAACGGUUCGCUUUACCGAGGCGGAGUACCUGCCUCAGAACUCACAGCUCAAGUUGGACGGAGUCGUCCUCUCUGUGAGGGUCGACAACCAGACGCAGGACCUAGAGCUGGGAGAGGUGAAGCUGAGCGUGGAUGACGUGCUAACCGCUCUUCCCCCAGGGACCGUCCGCUACGAUCAGGGGGUGCUGCAGCCUAACCGCAUCCUCACCACGGUUAUGUUCAACAGCACCGCGUGA